CUCGUGAAUUGGGCCUAUGAUCCUAAGCGGGUCAAACAUAAGUGGCUUGAGUCAGCGUUCGUCCCAGAAUUCCCCGAGUCAGAGCUUUAUAACAUCAUCCGCGGAAGAGUUGUCAACUUCGAUGUUGUAUUUUCAGGGUGGUAUUCAGACGAACCGGAGCAAGAUUAUGAGGAAAAGCUUGGGAAAGUCAAGAUCAAAAUCGGAGGAGAAGCUGAACCUGCAAAGUCCGUACGGAGCUCACAAGAUUGGAGUGUCGCAUACUCUCUCUUUGCCCGCGCUAUGCGAUUUGCAUUCCCACACCGAAUUGAUGAGAUCGACGACUACGGAAACUUCAUCCAUCAAAAGUUCGCCCAAAACGUCAGCAAAUACCAUUCGCGUGUCAUUGCCUUCGACAAAGCAGUCAGAAAGCGAGUCAGUCGGAGGAGAGAUCUGCUGCUCUCCGAUUUCGACCAGUUUUCAGACUUG